AUGGCUGAAGCAGUCAUCGGUGUUGUCUCGGCUGGAGCUGGGUUGCUGUCGCUUGCUAUACAACUCGGCGAGAGCAUCCAGAAGUUGAAAAGCUUUCACGCCAGGGUCAAGAAUGCGCCCACCAUGCUUGCCGAUCUCAUUCUCGAGCUGGAAUCCAUGGGUCUCAGUCUCGACAUAGUCGAGCGAUAUAAGAGCCAGGACACGAUCGAAGCAGGCCUUGUCGCCCAUUGCCUCGCCCGUUGUCGAACGACCACGGAGAGAAUCCAGAACAUCGUGGACAGAAUACACGAUAUUGGCACUAAACGUGCUCGACUGGCAAAGUUCUAUGUGGCGGUCAAGGAUCCGGAGAUCAUGAGGCUGCUCCAAGAACUUGGCCAGGCACGGGGCUCUCUAGCAAUGUCUCUACUCAUGUUCUACUCAGAACGGCAACACCAGUGCAGUGAGGUUCAAAAUGAGAUACUGCAGCGCCUGGUCACACAGCUCAAUAACUUCUUGGCGCAACCUCAAGCCAGUGGCGUUCCGCCUGCGACGGUAUCGCACCUGUCAAGUUUUUGCUCCCGCGGCAGAGACCUUAAGGAAGCUCAGUCUGACACAAACUUCGCCAGUAGGCAAGAGUCGUGUUCUUCCGAUCCUGACCAGACUAGAAAUCGACAUCACACGAAAGGCAAGCGUGCCUCGGAGGAGAUAUUGGCGACAAUUCGAUUGCCUAAGCUGCUCUUCUCCCAAGCCUGGAGUGUAUCAGUGGUUCGAACCUCGAUCGGAUUCGCGGUCAAUCUUUGUCCGUAUAUGGGUAGAGAUCCGUGGUCUGAGAUCUUUCUGCGAUGCGCAACUGGCAAUACGAGAGCUGUGCAAAGAUUAAUUGGCGAAGGGCAAGCUAGUCUUCGAGAUGUUAGUGAGGGCUCCGUCUUUUUACAACCCCGGACUAUUAUGCAUAAUGCAAGCUUCGAUCUACUUCAGCAAUUUUCCAUGGCCAUGUCGAUUUAUUUCAGUGGUUGUGGCAAGAACACAGAGGCCAAGGGAUCGACGCAAAUGCUGUGGUACACGCACUAG